GUACGGGGAACCAGUUAUCGUUUCAGACAACAGCAGAACUUCGCAAAAUUGUGGAAGUGGGAAGUGCCUGGGCAAGUAUUAAACAAGAAAUUAUACUUUUUUUGCUAGUGAUCUCGUGAAACAAAAGCAGCAGUUUAUGGCAACAGUUUUAGGACUUCCCGACAUUUCGGGAGAAGUCCCAGGAACAACACGGGUUCUGAAAGUGAGAGUACUCCAAGGUGUUUCUCUGGCCAAAAAGGACAUAUUUGGUGCAAGUGACCCCUAUGUUAAAAUCAGGCAGUUCAGGGGCAAUGUGGAAGAAGGAGAAAUUGCAUGCGUUCAGACAAAAACAAUCAAAAGGACACUGAAUCCAAAAUGGUUUGAAGAAUUCCUCUUCAGAGUGAAUCCCAGGGAUAAUUGCCUUUUGUUUGAAGUCUUUGAUGAGAACAGACUGACACGAGAUGACUUCCUUGGAAUGGUGGCUAUCCCCCUUGCAAAUAUACCAACGGAGCAUGAACGGACAUGGAAUCAUCACAAGGACUACCUCUUACGGCAGAGGAGUCCCCGCUCCAGGGUGAGGGGUUUCCUACGGAUGACCAUCGCUUACCUCCGGGAUGAGUCCUCACCGGAUACUGAACCACGUAGGGAGGAAGAGGCUGACUGGGAGAUUGUGGAUGCCGACAAUGAAGUAGAGUCCAACACGUCGGGUGAGCAAACGGAUCAGGAGGAGUCGUCUAGACCCCGGUUGCCUAACGGCUGGGAGGAACGCGUGGAUGCCAACGGACGAAUCUACUACGUGGAUCAUGCUAGCAGGCGAACGCAAUGGGAUAUUCCCACGGUGGUUACUGCUGGCCCUCCUGCCGGCAUGCCAUCCAACGUUCAGGAUGAGAUGCGAGCCAUCUACCGUGCCCGAAGACAAAUCAGUGCCGAAGAUACCCUGGAUGCAGAAGAAGACGUAGCUGAGCCACCAGGGCCUCCACCAUCACCAGCGCAACCGACGCCACAAAUGAUCCGAGUGCAACCGGCGCAACCGACACAACCAAUGCAACCAACGCAACCCGCACAACGGACUGUGCCAACACAGCAGCAACAAGCCCAACCAAGCCAAGUCAAUCAACCGUUUGCUGCGCCCGCCAAUGAUCCCCUAGGCCCCUUGCCUGCCGGCUGGCAGAUGCAGCGUUCAGCUAACGGUCGGAUCUUCUACAUCAACCAUAACACACGGAGUACAAGUUGGGAUGACCCGAGAAAAACUCAGAGACAGCCAGUGGACGACCUGGGACCACUACCAUCUGCCUGGGAGCAAAGAGUUCACGCAGACGGGAGGACGUUCUUCAUAGAUCACAAUACGCACAGUACUCAGUGGGAAGAUCCUAGGCUACAGAACCCCUCCAUUGCUGGGCCGGCUGUUCCCUACUCCAGAGACUACAAGAGGAAGUAUGACUACUUCAAGUCGAGACUGAAGAAGCCUUCCAACGUGCCCAAUCGGUUUGAGCUGAAGUGCAGUCGAGCCAGCAUUAUGGAGGAUUCCUAUCGCAAUAUUGUCAGCGUCAAGAACCCGGAACUUCUUAAGUCCAGGCUGUGGAUUGAGUUUGUGGGCGAGACGGGGCUGGACUAUGGUGGUGUUGCAAGGGAAUGGUUCUUCUUACUAUCGAGGGAGAUGUUCAAUCCAUACUACGGUCUCUUUGAGUAUUCUGCCAUGGACAACUACACACUACAGAUCAACCCCGAUUCAGGCGUGUGCAAUGAGCAGCACAUUUCGUAUUUCAAGUUUAUCGGCCGAGUGGCCGGUAUGGCCGUCUACCAUGGCAAACUUCUAGACGCAUUUUUCAUCCGACCGUUCUACAAGAUGAUGCUGAGCAGACAUAUCACACUGGCAGACAUGGAGUCUGUGGAUACGGAGUACUACAACUCGUUGCUAUGGAUCAAAGAGAAUGACCCCUCUGACUUGGAGCUGACCUUUUCUGUGGAUGAAGAAAGUUUUGGACAGACGAAGACUACGGAGCUGAAACCAAACGGUGACGAGAUCCCGGUGACCAACCUGAACAAGAGGGAGUACACACAGCUUGUGAUUCAAUGGCGGUUUGUCAACCGAGUCCGCAAACAGAUGUCUGCCUUCAUGGAGGGUUUUCUAGACCUGGUGCCGCUGGACCUCCUCAAGAUAUUUGAUGAGAACGAACUGGAGCUGUUGCUGAGUGGACUAGGCGACAUUAACGUCAAUGACUGGAGAACCAAUACAGCCUACCGCGGUGGCUACCACCCAAACCACAUUGUAAUACAAUGGCUAUGGAAGGCCAUAUUGUCCUUCGAUACCGAGAUGCGAUCGCGGCUCCUCCAGUUUGUGACGGGGACCUCCCGCGUUCCCAUGAACGGCUUCGCUCACCUGUACGGCAGCAACGGACCCCAGCUCUUCACAAUCGAGAAAUGGGGCAAGCCCGAGUCCCUACCCAGGGCCCAUACAUGUUUCAACCGGUUGGACCUGCCUCCGUACGAGUCCUACUACACUUUGAAGGAGAAGCUACGCACAGCGGUCGAGAAUGCCGAAGGAUUUGAAGGAGUAGAUUAAAAUAAUGAGUCCGUGGGCCACGCACAAAGUGAACCUUUCAAGCGAUGAAGACACAUAGUAAUACAGUGGAAAGUCGCUAUAACAAACAUUGGGGAUCCACAGAAAUUGUUUGUAAUAGCAAUCGUUCGGUAUGGCGAUUUUCACACAUUUUUGGCGCCCUCUUUUGAUCAUUGUUAUUGUGUAGUUGCAUUUACAAACCACGCGCGGAGUCGCCAAACUUGUCCAUUAAUAUUUUCAAUUCUGUACCAGAACUUCACCAAGUACGCCCUGUUAGUUACUGAAAGACGACUUCGAACACGUUCAACUACACAAAAAUUGGGAGUCAAGGCUGAUGUUCGGUAUAGCCGAGUGUUCGGUAUGGCGGUGUUCGGUAUAGCGGCGUUCCACUGUAGUAGGAGAUAUCAUCCCUUUCCCCACCCCCUUCUGGGCAUUGAUGCCCCUCCCCUAGGUCGGAGCUGCUCCAUACAGCCCUGCCUGUCACUCCCUAAACCACUCCUGCACUGUACGGUUGUUACAGAUACAUACAAGUGCAAAAAGCAUUGCACAAUAAGCCAAAUCGGUAUUCCAACUACGCAUGUGCAUUACAAGAUUCAAUAAAUUAUACUUAUGCUUUUGGACAAACUCGGCAGAUAUAUGCACACAAGUCUAUGGUGAACGUGGUUACUGAAUAUGCAUUCUGCAAGUUUUCAUGGAACCAAAAAGAUGAUGGAGACUUUCUUUCGCACAAACGUUUGGGCAUACAAAACACCUUAAAACACUUUGCUUUCCAAACUUUAUGAAAUCUUGUGCUCACUUCAGAACAAGUCAAGUUCUUUACUUGUCUUGGUCCUCACUAUGAUUUUGCAGGCAUACGGCAAAUUGUUUAUCAUGAAAGGAAAAUCGUCAAAUUUUGAUGUACACGCGCGCAGUUGCAAUACCGACCUGGCUUAUUGGUGUAGAGCUAAUAUAUUGGCUCAUUUCCAGUUUGCGCCAUUGUUGAGCGAAAGUUUAAAAAAUAUCCAAUUCAAAUUGGAAAUUAACCAAAAAUGUAAACUCUGUUUGAACUCUAGUCAGAGGAAUGCAUACUGAAAUCAUGCUUUUUAUACUAUCCUUGGAUGAGUUGCUGUAUUAUUACAGCACAGAGAUUGUCCAAAUUUCAACUUUUUUGGUAAUUUGAAACUGAUACUAUAUGAAACAAUACUGAAAGUUUGAAAAUCACAAGGCAGGAAGUUGAAUUUUGAUUGAUGAAUUCAGCAUACGUGAAUGAAGUAGGCAAAUUGAAGUUCAUAGCUAAACAGGACAGAUUCGUGAAUAACCCUAACCCUCCAAGAGCCUCCAAUAUCAGCCAGACACCAGUCACUUCUAUUCAAGUAACCAACAAUGAAAUUUGUCAGGAUUUUUUCCUAAUUUCAGGAUUUUUUGUUGGGAUUUUCUCCUGAUUUCAGGAAUUUUUAACCACUUUGCGCCGGAAUAUUUUUGCCG